AUGGUAUCACCAACAAAGAUGCUGAUUAGGUCUCCAUUAAAGGAAACGGACACGAACCUGAAACAUAACAAUGGCAUUCCUGUAUCAACAGCAACGGCAACGGCCCAUUUGAACGCGCUCCCUAACGACAACAAUGGCAAUAACAACACUAAUGAAUCCUUCCCGAAGAAAAGGUCCCUUGAGCGCCUCGAGCUCCAACAACAACAACAACACUUACACGAAAAAAAAAAGGCUAAGCUAGAAAGGGCCAGGUCCAUUGAAGGCGCUGUCCAGGUGAGUAAGGGUACAGGCUUAAAAAACGUCGAGCCAAGGGUCACACCUAAGGAAUUACUGGAAUGGCAAACCAACUGGAAAAAAAUCAUGAAAAGAGACUCUCGUAUCUAUUUCGACAUUACUGAUGACGUGGAGAUGAAUACCUACAAUAAGUCUAAGAUGGACAAGCGUAAAGACCUAUUGAAAAGAGGGUUUCUUUCAUUGGGCGCUCAAAUCACUCAGUUCUUCGACACUACUGUUACAAUAGUAAUAACAAGAAGGUCUGUUGAAAAUAUAUACCUACUAAAGGAUACAGACAUCUUAUCCAGAGCUAAGAAAAAUUAUAUGAAAGUUUGGAGUUACGAAAAAGCUGCUAGAUUCUUGAAAAAUCUCGAUGUGGAUUUAGAACACUUAAGUAAGGCCAAAUCUGCUUCGUUAGCUACCCCCACAUUGUCCAACCUUUUACACAACGAAAAAUUAUACGGCCCCACAGACAGGGACCCCAGAACUAAAAGAGAUGAUAUACACUAUUUCAAAUAUCCUCAUGUUUAUCUUUACGACCUGUGGCAAACUUGGGCUCCCAUAAUAACUUUAGAGUGGAAACCUCAAGAGUUGGCAAACUUGGACGAAUUGCCUUACCCCGUUUUGAAACUGGGCUCAUUUGGAAGAUGUCCCUUUAUAGGUGAUAGAAAUUAUGACGAAAAUUCUUACAAGCGCGUAGCAAAAAGAUACUCGAGAGAUAAGGCAAACAAAAAAUAUGCAUUACAACUCCGUGCCUUAUUCCAGUAUCAUGCUGACACUUUUAUGAAUACGUCUUCAGUUAACGACCAAACGAAAAACUUGAUAUUUAUUCCUCAUAUGUGUAACGACUCCACCAAAAGUUUCAAAAAAUGGAUGCAAGAAAAGGCAAAAAGUUUCRAGAAUGAUGAGAAAAAGAAAUUGGAUGAUGAGGUUAUUCAAGAUAUCCAUGAUCACAUUGAUAGCAAAAUCAUUGAUAAAGACAGCAUAUCCAUAAAGGAAAUUGAAGACGGGAAGCAUUCGCUGGAAGAGGAAGAAGAAAAUAAACACUUCAUUGAGGAAGAAUCUAAGAAGAUCCUCCAACGGAAAAACCCAAUUGCUACACCAAAGCUAAACCAUCCAAUACUAGCCACUUUUACAAGGCAGGAGACUGAAGAAGUGCCGGAUGAUUUAUGCACUUUUAAAAAACAAUCACGUCAAGCGUUUGAAAUCAAAGCGAGUGGUGCUCACCAAUCUAACGACGUAGCAACCUCUUUUGGCAAUGGUCUAGGUCCAACAAGGGCGAGUGUCAUGAGCAAAAACAUGAAGUCAUUGAGUAGACUAAUGGUUGAUAGGAAGUUGGGCGUAAAGCAAACAAAUAGUAACUAUAACACUUACACUACCGCCGCGACAACAACAACAACAACAACUACAACAGCUACAAUAGCAACAGCCAAGGAAACUAACCAUAAAUCCAAUGUAAAUGUAUUGCAAAAAGAUGAGAUCCGUUCGCAAACGAUGAUCAAAGGUAAUUCCACACAUACGGAAACCAACAACAAAGCACAGGAUCUCCCAAAGAAACUUGUAAAGUCUGCAUCCACUGGUCUAAAGUUCAGUAAUGACGUCAAGAUAAUAACUACCGAAUCUACAACAGCAUCGAAGAAAACCACAACUUCCACACACACCACGUUAAAUCCCAGCCUAAACACAACAACACAGCCAGCGAAGAAAGAAACAAUAAAAAAUUCAGGAUACUGUGAAAACUGUCGUGUUAAAUAUGAAUCUUUAGAACAGCACAUUGUAUCUGAGAAACAUUUGUCUUUUGCUGAAAAUGAUCUAAACUUUGAGGCCAUUGACUCUUUAAUUGAAAAUCUAAGAUUCCAAAUCUAA